CUCUUGCGGGCCUGUUUGACUCGAGAGUGGUUGAUUUCCGCCCAUUCUGUCUCUCUUCAUGCGUGCUUAUAAAGAAGGGAGAGCAGAGACUGGAGACGUUAAUAGCGGCAAAGAGCUGAUAGAGUGCAGACAGGGAGAAACAGAGUCCGUGGGUGAAUGCGAAAGAGGAAGGCUGUGAGAGAGGGAGGCGGAUUAUGGGAAAUAGGAAGCACAACAGAGAAGUAGAGUGACUGAGAGAGAGCAAGCAGGGGCGUUAGAAAGCAGUACCAGAUAGCAAGACAAAGACUCCCUUACCAGAGGGGAAUUUGUGUUGUGGAAGAGGAAGAGAAAACCAGACAGUGAAUUCUGUGCCAAGAAAGAGAAGAUACUUGAAAGGGAGAGAGGUCCUGUGGACUCUGAAGGGUACCAAUUUCAGUGGAAAAGCAGAUAUACCGUCAGUUGGAUUGGUGCUAACGGUUGAAACUGAAGCCAACCCGGCCAAAGGCUGUGUGGGAAAUUACUGCAGCAGUAUAAUAAGCCCAUAUUAGAAGAGCAGCAUUUAUAUGAGACAGUACAAUACAACAAAGAAAAUUAAAAAUUUCCCUUGGAUCGUCCACUCCUCAUGUGAAUGUGUACAUGAAGUAUUUGUUCUCUUCCAAUUGUAUAAACAAUAGACAAUAGAUGUGAUUAUGUCAUGUGGUUUAAGGCCUAUUACAAGUGCUCUUAUACUCUUGUAACUGUGUUUUUAAUGUCUCAUAUGUUCUGUGCUGUAUGUGUUUGUUGUUUUUUAGCACUGGUUUCAUUUUCUCGCAAUUUGGACUGUCUUUAAGAUAAGACAACUCAUUUGUAUUUACUAUCAAGAAAUGUAAAGCAGCCAAUUAAAAAUUGACUAACGCAUUUGGGUUAUUGUAUGCAUGUUGUAGUUAAGUAAAUAUAAUGAUUUGUAUAAUUAAGACCCUCAAACCUUAUGAACACCUGUAUCGUGGACUCAUAUACUGUAGGUUUUCCAGUGCAAGCAAUGUGAUAUUAAAACAUAUUUAGAUAAAGCAAUAGCACUAAUGCUCAAAUAUGAAACAUCAUCCUCAGUCCAGAUUAAUAUGAACUUUCCAGUAAAGCUACUGAAGAAGACUUCCCCAUAAUGCUCUCUUCUGGAAGAAUAAUUCAUUAUUAAGGUGGUGCACCAUGAGUUCUGUACUCUCCUUCUAUGUGUCCUACCUGCUGUGUCUGUGCCUGGGUUUCUUGUGUGUGGUUUUUGUGUCCUACUGGAACUCGAAGUGGCGUGGGGGUUUUGCCUGGGAUGGCUCAGGGCUGCAGUUUAAUUGGCACCCUGUGCUGAUGGUGACUGGACUGGUUGUGGUAUAUGGCAAUGCGGCAGUUCUCUAUCGAAUUCCCCUUACCUGGGGUGAAAAUAAGUUGCCCUGGAAGCUGCUUCAUGCUGUUCUGAUGUUCCUGGCACUGCUCCUGGCUGUGCUGGGUCUCUGCGCGGUCUUUGACUUCCACAACAAGCAAAGUACCCCCAACCUCUACUCUGUGCACAGCUGGGUGGGCAUCUGUACUGUGGUGCUUUUUGCAACUCAGUGGGCUCUGGGUCUAUGCACAUUCCUGCUGCCCUGCUCUCCCUUAGAUCUCCGCAAGUUUGUCAAGCCUUUGCAUGUGUGGAUGGGCAGUGCCAUUUUCAUUAUGGGCAUUAUUUCCUGCAUCUCAGGCAUCAACGAGAAGCUCAUCUUUUCUCUGAAGAGUGGAAACAAGACUCAGCCGUACUCCACCCUGCCCCCAGAGGCUGUUUUUGCAAACUCAUUGGGCAUCUUGAUUGUUGCUUUUGGAGUAGUGGUCCUGGGUAUUCUGUCGAAACAGUCGUGGCGUCGACCAGAGUCAGGGCCUGAAGAUGACAGCUCAAGGCCACUACUGCGUGAAGAGAGACAAUAGCUAAGGAAUGGAAUGAAAUUAUUUCCUGGACAGCUCUUACUGCACAGAUGUCCCUUUUGUGAACAUUGCACUCAGGAUUAGGAGCGUGACUCCUUCCUUCCUACACGGUCUCCUGCCUAUAAAACCCUCUGUUUUAAUCCCAUUCCCUGCUCCAAGAUACAGACACUGUUAUCUUCAUUUUUAUAAAUCAAGACAGUAGGUGCUCUUAACGAGGUCAUUUAAACAGAAGAUAACUGUUAAUAUUUGUAAGUAAAUGACCACAAAACUAAUGAGAAAUUGGGAUAUCUAGCAUGAUAUUCAUAAUACAGUUAUGACAAAUACAGGACAAAUACACAGUUAGCAGGGUCUGGAUAAAUGUGUUGCUGUCGGAUAAGGGAAUACAGUGUAUGGAAAACCAGAGUAAAUCUCUAAGUUAGAAGCAUUUUAUUUUUGUAUAAAUGAUCACUAGUAUAUAAUAUAUACAGUGGCUAUCAAACUUUUUCACCCCCUUGGGCUUUUUUACAUUUUAUUGUGUUGCAAUAGGGAAUCAUUAUGUAAUUAAUUAGGAUUUUUUGCAAGAAGGCAUUUUGGAAACUGUUAGACCAAGUGGAAGAAGAUUCCAUUUGAUGAGACCAAAAUUGACCUUUUUGGCCUAAAUGCUAAGUGCAAUGUUUAGUGCAAGUGUGAUCCUGAGAACACCAUCUCUACCAUGAUGACGUAUGGUGGUGGUAGCUUCAUGCUAAGGGGAUGCUUCAUUGUGUCAGGGACUGGUAAACCUGUGAUGAUGGAGGGCAAAAUGGGUGCAGCAAAGCACAGAGAAAUCCUGGAGGAAAUCGUUUUGCAGUCUGCAUGACACCUGGGACCUGGGAGAAGAUUCACUUUCCAGUAGGAUAAUCGAUCUUGACAAGGUGGCACAACUCAGUCCAUCUGCUCGGCUGUAACAUCUUGCCAAGGUAGAAAUUGCUGACUAUGAUUAUCCCAAACCGAACCCGCCAGGACAGCCCCUUAGCUUAGCCUUCAACAUGCCAAUAGUACAAAAGUAUUGCUCUCUUACUUGGGGCAUGUUUGUUUUAUCCAUAUUUUCUUUCUUUAUUUUCCCCAUGUUGGACAUUCAGCUGAUUAAAUCACCUCGUUACCUUUGCCCAAUCAACUCUUUCACUAAUGUGGAGAUUUAAUGCUUACUUUAAUGUAUCCCGGCCACCUGUAACUGAUCAAUUAAUGCCAAAAACUGUUAAUCAAUAACUAAAAAUAUUGAAAAGUGUAUUGAAACAGGAAAUGUAUGGGGAAAAUGUUCCAAGUCUGACUUGGAACUAAAAAGUAUUUCUUUUUUAGUUGAAAAGGUUUUUCAGUACUACUGAGAAAGGAAAGAGUGAAUUGCACUUUUGAAGAUAGACACCCUCUGUGAUGAUGCAGAAUUUGCUCAUUGAGAAGCUUUUUACUCAUGUAACAUACAUAUAUUGAAACCGUUUUUAAGGAUAAUUUGACUUGGUGUCAUUAAAAUUCUGACCUCUAAAUGUUCAAUAAAUGUAUUUUGAUUAUGA